CAUAACAUAGACGAUAUAGCUGUUGGCAUCAAGAAUGAUGCUCAACACGUCGCCUCAGUUGCUUGUGCUUGCGCUGGCCCUGGCCGCGGGCACUGCGCAUGGUAAGGUUGUGCUCCGCGAGAGCACCGGGCGCCCUUCACGCUAUGCGUCGACCAUUGUGAGGCACGAGGACAUUCCCGAGCUGAUCACCACGCCGCGCUCUCACGAGCUCAUCUCCGAGAAGGAUCUGCCAAGGGAGUGGGAUUGGCGCGCCGUGCCAUCGAGCGCCAACAGCGACGACCGCCACAACUACCUGAGCAUCAUCCGCAACCAGCACAUCCCCAAGUACUGCGGCUCCUGUUGGGCGCACGGCGCCUCCUCGUCCCUGGCUGACCGCAUGAACAUCAAGAUGAAGGGAGCCUGGCCCGGGACCUUCCUCAGCGUCCAGAACAUCAUCGACUGUGGCGGCGCCGGCUCGUGCAAUGGCGGCGACGACCGCCUCGUGUACGUGUACGGUGCCAAGCACGGCAUUCCCCCGGACACCUGCAACCUGUAUGUGGCCGCUAACCAGAAGUGCCACGCCAUGCAGCAGUGCUUCACCUGCUGGCCCGACUCAACCUGCGAGCCCAUCUACGACUACAAGCGCCUCACCGUCUCUGAGCACGGUCGCGUCAGGGGUCGCUACCAGAUGAAGGCCGAGAUCUACAAGCGCGGACCCAUCAGCUGCGGCAUUGAUGCCACCGACCAGCUUGAGACCUACACCGGCGGUGUGUAUGCGGAGCGGAAGAGCAACCCCAGUAUCAACCACGUGGUGUCGGUGGUGGGUUGGGGCGUGGACCCGGAGACCGACGUGGAGUACUGGGUCAUCCGCAACAGCUGGGGCGAGCCCUGGGGCGAGUCUGGCUUCCUGAAACUGGUGACUUCGGCCUACGAUGACGGCAACGGCAACAUGUACAACCUGGCGAUCGAGGAUGACUGCAACUUUGGCGUGCCGGACCGCUGGGUGCCCGCCGACGACCUGGGUUUCGGCCGCCCUGACGAUAUGUCCCAGCAGCAGCCAAAGCUGGACGCGGACUUCAUCGCCAAGGCCAAGACCGGCGGCGGCAGCCGCAAAAUGAUCCUGCCUGGCGUGACCCUGCGCGAGCAGGAGAAGGCGAGCGAGAAGCAGUGAAUAUCAAAGUGAUUGCUGAGUCGCGAGAGCGUGUUGGGCCAGACGUCAGGCAUGAGUGAUUCUCACGUCUCAGCGGGCGCGUGUGACACCGACAAACCGCGACAAACGGCUUAUACUUGCCGAAGGAUACGAGUGCUAAAACGCUCAUACUAGAGUGCUUACGUUAACGUAUCAGUAUUGCUGUGUUUCAUGUGUGGUUUGGACGAGGUUUGUGCAACACAAGCCCACGCUCGGACACCCGGACUAAGCGCGUGUGCAAGUGCUCUCCCAAACAUGCGAACGCCACGACGCUCACUUCAGAACUUGUAUCUCCCCUCAUGUAUGUGCCUUGACGUGAUUUAAUACGGAAUCGCUGGGGCCAUGUAUCUUAUUACCCUGUGCCGGCUUGACGAAUACUUAUCGUUACAGCCGAGCAAUUAUUGUACAGCUAUGUUUGUGGAGGAGGUGGUUCGUGGAGUGAGGAUUCGAGAGGCGAAUCUGAACGGACUGUGCGUGGUUACAGGCGACCGGACUCUUGCUUGUCCUGCAUGAUGCUGCCGGUGCGCGACGCACACGGUGAGCUGUGGCAAACGGGGGUGGAGGCCUUGCGGGUCGAGGUAAGGAGCAGAAGGAAGCACCAGUACGGACCAUGCGUAGCUUGUGGCCGGUUCGGUGUUGCGGUUGCUGAGUCGCUUCUGCAGGGCAGGGCCGUGGGCAUUAGUUCAGCUCAUGUAACCUUGCGUUGGACAUUUGGACAUGCCCUCGCUCACCGGUGGAUCACGCAUGCCGCCUGCCUGGGUAUGCGAUGGGACAGGGGUUAGGCAGGUUGGCGAGGUCCCGUAGGGUGCAGCUGACGCUCAUACCCCAGUCGGGGUUGGGCCCUGAUAGCAUGUGAUGGCUCGGCGUCUUCGGGAGCUGGGACUGUCCCCUCUGUAACAUCCGCAUCCA